UAACUUCAUCAAGACACCUACCCAAAUGCCAGCACACUGCUAACACCCACCUGCGAAGGAUCUGGAUCUACUACUCGAUCACUUCCGUACAUAUAUCUCACUCGGAAACAACGUACGGGCCUAUCAAGUCGUCAAGAUGCUCUCUCCCCAAAGGACCCUCUCUCGUGGUGGCUGGAACGCCGCCAUUUUCAUCAUCUUCGUGGAAGUUGCAGAGAGGUUUGCUUACUAUGGCCUGGCUGGUAAUCUCAUCAUGUACCUCACCAAUGAGCUCCACCAGCCCACCGCCACCGCAGCCAAGAACGUCAACAUGUGGAUCGGUCUCUCCUCCCUCUUCCCCAUUCUCGGUGCCAUCGUCGCCGAUUCCUACCUCGGUCGCUUCAAGACAAUCAUCUAUUCCACCUGCAUUUAUUUCCUGGGGAUGGUUAUGCUGUGCCUAUCGGCUUCGGUGGUUCCUCGGCAUUACCGUGAAGGGGCAUACUUCGUGGCGCUUUAUAUUUUGGCCGUGGGAGAAGGCGGCCACAAGCCUUGCGUGCAAACCUUCGCUGCCGACCAGUUUGAUGAAGAGACUGAUGAGGACAAGGAGGUCAAGAGCUCAUUCUUCAACUGGUGGUAUUUGGCUAUAGUUUUCACCGCUAUUGUUGCCACACUUGGUAUCAUCUAUAUUCAGGAUGAUGUGAGCUGGGUGCUAAGCUAUGGUGUCUUGGCGGUGAUAAUAGCGGUAGGGCUGGUUUUAUUUCUUUUAGGAAUGCAAAGGUAUCGGUACCAAGAUAAUCUGCUUGUUGGGGCUAGUCCCUUGACGAUGGUGGCACAAGUGUUUGUGGCAGCAGCUCGGAAGUGGCGCGUGAAGCUUGGCCAUCGGAAUGAUGUUGUCUACUACGGUGACGAUGAGAGUGGGAGCAGUGGGGUUGAUUCCAAGCACAAGACAUUGGCGCGUACUAAACAGUUCAGACUUUUGGACAAGGCAAUGAUCGUUGAUGAACAUGAUGCAUCAAGCAAAAUGAGAAAUCCUUGGAGGUUGUGCUCUCUGAAUCAUGUGGAAGAAGUGAAGCUUGUUGUCCGCCUAAUUCCCAUAUGGUUGAGCUGCCUAAUGUUUCACGCAGUUCAAUCUCAACUCCACACCUACUUCAUCAAACAAGGUUCUACGAUGAUCAGAUCUAUUGGACCCAAGUUCAGGUUCCCCCCUGCAUCACUUCAAGCCGUAGUUGGCAUCAUGAUCGUAACUACCGUCCUAAUUUACGACCGAAUUAUUGUUCCGACAGCACGAAAGGUCACAGGACAUCCCGCAGGCAUAACGGUACUGCAACGAAUUGGUGUUGGCCUAUUCUUGUCCGUAAUCAACAUGGUUGUGGCAGCUCUAGUGGAAGCUAAAAGGGUUGGUGUUGCUAGAGAUAAUAACCUCAUGGACAACCCGAAAGCAAUAGUACCAAUUAGUGUCUGGUGGUUACUCCCACAAUUCAUUGUCACAGGUUUGUCGGAUGCGUUCACCGUUGUAGGACUCCAAGAGUUGUUCUAUGAUCAAAUGCCAGAUGCAAUGAGAAGCUUGGGAGCUGCAGCAUACAUCAGUAUUCUUGGAGUUGGAAGCUUUCUCAGUAGCUUCAUCAUAUCUUUGGUGGAAACUUUUAGCAGAAACUCUGGUGAGCCAUGGUUAGGUAACAACCUUAAUCGCGCUCACCUUGAUGACUUCUACUGGGUGCUUGCGGGACUAAGUGCUUUAUUUUUUGGUGUUUAUAUAUGGGUUGCAAACCGAUUUGUUUACAAGAGAGUUGUAGGGGAAGCAUCAAAUGAGGUGUAA